ACAGAAUCGCCCAUACUUUUCCCUGUUCUCUGCAACACCAGAUCACAUCCAUGGCCACCACCUCCACUCGCCUGAGGCGACUCGGAACAGUCGCUGUCGCCGUCGCGCUCUCCGCCGGCGUCACCCUCCGAGAUCCUCCUAUCUCCUCCAGCGACCGAGGCGGUCCCUCGCUCGAUGCCGUCCGCCGGAAGAUCGCUGACUCCAACGGUGUCGUUCCUUCCAGAGCCGUGCAGGAGUCGGCACUGAUCGGCUCUAGCGCUGUCAAUCCUCUAGACAUCCUCGUCGUAGGCGGAGGCGCCACCGGUUGCGGCGUGGCGCUGGACGCUGCCACGAGAGGGCUUCGUGUCGGGCUUGUGGAGAGGGAGGACUUCUCUUCUGGAACUUCUUCAAGGUCCACCAAGUUACUUCAUGGAGGGGUCCGAUACUUGGAGAAAGCUGUUUUUAAUCUUGACUAUGGACAACUAAAGCUGGUUUUCCAUGCACUUGAGGAGCGCAAGCAGGUUAUUGAGAAUGCUCCUCACCUUUGUCAAGCUUUGCCAUGCAUGACGCCAUGUUUUGACUGGUUUGAAGUUGUAUACUACUGGAUGGGCUUGAAAUUAUAUGAUCUGGUGGCAGGAUCACGCCUGCUACAUUUGUCCAGAUAUUAUUCUGCACAAGAGUCUGUUGAACUCUUCCCCACUCUUGCAAGAAAUGGUAAAGAUAGAAGCUUGAGAGGCACAGUUGUGUACUAUGAUGGGCAGAUGAAUGACUCCCGACUUAAUGUUGCGUUGGCAUGCACUGCUGCAUUAGCUGGUGCAGCUGUGCUUAACCAUGCAGAAGUAGUAUCACUUCUUAUGGAUGAGGUUAGCAACCAAAUAAUAGGUGCACGUAUUCGAGACAAUCUAUCAGGCAAAGAGUUUGACACAUAUGCAAAAGUUGUUGUGAAUGCUGCUGGGCCAUUUUGUGACUCUGUCAGGAAAAUGGCUGACAAAGAAUCACAGCCAAUGAUCUGUCCUAGCAGUGGUGUACAUAUUGUUCUCCCUGAUUACUAUUCGCCUGAGGGAAUGGGUCUCAUUGUCCCCAAAACUAAGGAUGGACGUGUAGUAUUCAUGUUACCAUGGUUGGGAAGAACAGUUGCAGGCACUACUGAUUCCAACACUAGCAUCACAAUGCUUCCAGAACCGCAUGAGGAUGAGAUCCAAUUUAUACUCGAUGCUAUCAGUGAUUACCUUAAUGUUAAGGUACGGCGCACAGAUGUUCUCUCUGCUUGGAGUGGUAUUCGUCCACUGGCCGUGGAUCCAAAGGCGAAAAGCACUGAGAGCAUUUCCCGAGAUCAUGUUGUAUGUGAAGAUCAUCCUGGGUUAGUCACCAUCACAGGUGGAAAAUGGACCACUUAUCGGAGCAUGGCAGAAGAUGCAGUUGAUGCAGCUAUAAAGUCUGGAAAGCUGAGUCCAACCAAUGAAUGCUUGACAAAUAACUUACACCUUUCUGGAAGUGAAGAUUGGGAUCCUGCUUCUUUUACAGUGCUUGCCCAACAAUAUGUACGUAUGAAGAGGAGCCACAGUGGUAAAGUUGUUCCAGGAGUAAUGGACACUGCUGCAGCAAAGCACUUGUCUCAUGCAUAUGGUACUAUGGCUGAUCGAGUGGCUGCUAUAGCUCAGGAUGAACAUCUAGGGAAGCGGCUUGCCCAUGGAUACCCUUUUCUAGAGGCUGAAGUGGCAUACUGUGCUCGUAAUGAGUACUGUGAAUCUGCUGUAGAUUUCAUUGCUAGGAGAUCACGGCUUGCUUUUCUUGACACUGAUGCGGCAAGCAGGGCUCUGCCACGCAUAAUUGAGAUACUGGCAACGGAACACAAUUGGGACCGCACAAGGAAGAAGAAAGAGUUGCAGAAGGCUAAAGAAUUCUUGGAGACAUUUAAGUCAUCUAGAAACGCUCAGUUCUAUGAUGGGAAACACAAAUAGUUCAUUAAAGUUGGAUCUUCUGGGAGCUGGAUUUUUUCAAUUCACAUAAUCAGUAGCAAUACACCAAGAUUUUAUCUGUGGAAGGGAGCUUCUGCUGUUGUUUUAUAAUUUUAUUUAUCGGAUUAGCACAACAGUGUACUCAAUAUUGUUAUAUCUUAUACAAUCUUCAAGGAGAUGAGUGGUUUUCUUAAACUUUGCAUACCCCAAAUAAUCUCUCCUUGUUCUUGAUCGAUUGUUGAACAUUAUACAAGUUCUCUCGUUCUUUAUACUCUCCCAA